AUGUCAGCUACAACAGCUAAACUUUCCGUAACCGUCGCUGCUGGUUCUCGCGGUUUUUCGGAAUAUGAUCGUCAUUACUCAACGGUACAUGGAAGACGAAUUGGAAUUCAAGAUUUAAUAAAUGAACCAGUUCGAUCUUUGUCCUCGGUUAGCACUUCACCAGUUGAGCCUCAUCUUCAGAAUCACUUGAAUCGUCAUCCUAGCCCUGAAUUAGGAUCAAAUCAAUUUAGUCGUUAUUCUUUGUCUCCACCUCAACCUCAUUUACCUCUCCCUAUCCCUACGCCUUCUAUGGAACUUGAUUCUUACAAGUUACUUACCCCCCUUACCUCCCCAACGCAAAUUCCUGUUACACCUUCAAAUUAUAGUCCAACGUCUAAUUCAACAUCAUCAUCAGUAAAAUCGGAAGAUCAAAAUUCAUAUAUGACAACCAUACAAACCUCAGGAAUGAUUAUGCCACUCUCCUUGCAAGAACGUCGCGAAAGAAAUAAGAUUGCGUCUGCAAAAUACAGAGCAAAAAAACAUAAACAAAAUCAAGAAAUGAGUUCAACCAUCGCCGAAUUGAGCGCCGAAAAUAACGUUCUUUUGAGACAACUUGAAGAAGCCAAAUCAGAAAAUUUGGAAUUGAAAGAAUAUGUCGACAAACUCAAGAGCAAGCUCAUGGAAGGAAAAUUAUUGAAACGAUUGGGACGAGGAGGAGCAAAAUCAUUGCUUUCUCCAACAUCACCGGUGGAAGACUUGGACAUCACCUCAAACGUUUCCACGACCAUAAGGAAGAGUUCAACAAAACGUGGUGGAUUAAGUAGUCACGCAAAAGGGACUGGGCCCUCAACAAAAGGUUCUCGCAAGUGA